AUGGAUUGGCUGGGUCGAGGCGCCGGUUCGUCAGCUGCUGGCGCCUUCAUUGUCCUCAAUUGUCCCACCCAUACUUUAUAUGUCAUUCGCCACCUCACCGGCAACAGUUGUCGGCGUCGAGCAGACGGAGCUGGAGCAGUGCUCAUCGAAUCCUCAUGGGAACUCGAACAUCUCAAUCAUGCGCUUUUCACCACAUUAUCGGUUCGCCGACAUUUCGAAAUGCGCGUUGCUUAUCGCCUUUUUUGGCAAAUGUUGCGAACAGAAUUCGGAAUCGAGACGGCUCGAAUCGAACGAAUUAUUAGGAACAAGCCGUAA